CAGAUCUCCUCGGUGCGCUGUCCACUUCAGCACCACAAGCAGAGUCGAGGCAGCGGGCUAGCUAACGCUGAAGAGGAGGAGCGGGGACUAAAAAAGACACGGCUCAGCAUCAGCACCAGCACCCCGCCCGGAGUCCCUCAGAUACGGACGAAUAGCAACCGAAACACCGACGAGGGGAAAGCCUGCGGCGAAGACUUCAGUAACCAUGUACGAUGCGGCAAGGGUGCCAUCUCCUAAAGAUGGUGCGAACGGGGUGGCCCAACCUGUGGUGCCCGGAGCAGGGGCAGCAGCGGGAGCAGGACCAGCAGCAGGAUCAGGGGGGUUGACUCCGACUGCAGCCCUACAAGCCAAAACCGAGGAGGGACAGCCAGGUGCAGAGGAGGAGGAGGAGGAGGAAGAGGAGGAAGAGGAGGAGGAGAAGCCCAAAGUAGAGAUGGUCCUGAUGAAGAAGCCUCACAGAGAGAUCCUGGACCACGAGAGGAAGAGGAGGGUGGAGCUGAAAUGUAUGGAGCUGCAGGAGAUGAUGGAGGAGCAAGGGUACACAGAAGAAGAGAUCCGACAGAAAGUGAGCACAUUCAGACAGAUGCUGAUGGACAAAGAGGGGGUCAUUACCAGAGAGGGCUCACACACACAACCAGGCGUGAACCAUCUGCACUAUCGUCCUGACCAGUAUGAACAGGACCCUGAGGUGGUCGGCUAUGAAGACGGAGGCUAUGAACAUGAUUACCAUAGUGACAACAGGGUGAAGAGGAAAUCAAGCAGCUCUCCGUCCCCUCGACCGAAGAAGAGGAAGAAGAAGAAAUCUGGCCGCAGAAGGAGUCGGUUCGGCAGCUCGUCACCCACUCACAGAGAGAAGAAGAAGAAGAGUGGGAAGAAACACAAGAGAGACAGAUCUGCGUCUGACUCCCGGAAAAAGAGGAGAUACAGAUCUGGCAGCCCAAAGAACAAACACAAAGACAAGAACAAGCAGAAAAAGAGGUCCCCCGGUGAGACCCCGAGCAGGAGUUCACAGCGUCAAGGAAGCUGCUGCAGCUCCCGUAGCGCCUCCCUGUCCUCCAUCCGCAGCACCUCCAAAUCUCCCACCAGAUUGAACUCCAAGCACAAGACAGAUGGACAAAAAGCGUCGGGCACCUCGCUGUCCCCGGGCUCCAACGCUCCUACCGCUUGGCACAACGGGGACCACACCCAGCGGAGCCGAAACGGAAAGGCCGGCAGACUCAACCACAGCGAGGGAGAGAAAGGGCACGAUAAGCUCCGUCUGCUGACCUCCAGCUCUGACGGCCUCCAGUCCACUCUGCUGAGAGAGCAUAAGCUCCACAGCGCCCCCGGCAGGAGCCAAACGGGACAAAUGUGCACAGCGGGAGAGGCUGGGAGUGUGGACGGCAGGAACACAGCUGUGAACCAGACGUCAGGGAGGAGAGGGAGUCAGAGAGGCCAGAAUAAGAGCUCCCACUCCCCCGCUCACAGUAGCGACUCGGCCCACUCGCAGCACAACCAUGCUCACAGAGGGAGAACCCCUCGGCAUCAGAGGAAGACAAAAGGUGGCCACUCUUCCAAGCGCCACCACCGCUCUACUCGAGGUCAGGCUCACCACCGGAGCACGUCAGCAUCUCCAGGACGCCACUCGCACGCAUCGGGCAGGAAGAAAGAGGAGUCUCGAAGCAAACCAAACCUCCGGCAGCGCAGCAGCUCCUGGAGCAGCGGCCGUUCAUCGUCACGCUCUGCCUCCAGAGACAGAGGGCCGAGCAAGGCCAAGUCCCCCCACAACAGACAGAAUAACUCCAGAGAGAGGGACAGUGCCAACCGCUCCGACACCGACAGCCGAGCCCGCCGUCGCUCACGCAGCUACUCGCCCAUUCGUAAAAGAAGAAGAGAUUCUCCCAGCUUCAUGGAGGCUCGCAGGAUCACCAGCGCUCGGAAGCGGCCGAUCCCGUACUACAGACCAAGUCCGUCCUCAUCCAGCUCCGACAGCAGUCCGGCACGCUCCAGCCGCAGCCGGAGCCGCAGCUACAGCAGCUACAGCCGCAGCAGGAGCCACAGUCGGAGCCAUAGCAGGAGCCGGAGCCGCAGCCGGAGCUGGAGCCGUAAUCGCAGCCAAAGCCGGAGCUGGAGCCGCAGCAGGAGUCGAUCCCGCAGCCACCACAGCUACUACAGCCGCAGCAGCUACGACAGCCCGGGAUUCUGAAGGAAACGGACAGAAGAGAAACAGAAUCAAAGAGAGAAGUCCUGAUAGGUUUUAAUGACGGUCCAGGGCCCCUCACCCCCCACCCACCCCCACCUCUAUCUCUCUCUAAAGCCGAGCUUGGAUCAAAGAGGAGAAUGUUUUUUUAAAUAUAGCACAUAACUAUCAAAUUGGCUGCCACUGUUCAUUAUAUCUUAUACAAAGGAAAAGUCCGGUAGAGCCCAGAGAACAAAUCUUGCUGUAUGUAAGCACUUUUUCUCUUCUUCCACCAAGCAACCAAAAAUGAAUCAAGUUAAAACUAUAUAUACACUCUAUCUAAAUAUAUAUAUACUACAAAAAGGAGCCGAGUAGAAAGAAGAAAUGUGGACGCAACAGCAGCUCACUUUACAUUUCAGAAAAUCAGACUUUUUUUCUUCUUCCCUCAUCACGAACUCUUCUCCUCAAAGACUUUAAUUUCAACGAUGCAGCGCGAUCAACAAAAGUGAGAACAAAAAAGAGAAAGUCGGAGGAUGAAAUCGUAAGCGAAAAACAAUUGGAAAAAAUAACUUUUUUAAAAAAUGAUGUAUAGGUUUGUGUGAAUAGAUGUAAACUCUCUUUGCGUUCUGGCUUUGUAAACUAUGCACUGUAUAUUCCAUGUAGUCUAAGGGAGGCUUGUUUAGCAUGAUGCUUCAAGAGAGACUUGCUGCUCGAUAAAAGGAGAGUCACCUGGCCGACAUGAUCGCUGCCAGGGUGCAUCGGGGCUCCCCUCUGACAUGCUCAGUGUGUCAGCUGCUUGCAGACAGAGCUGAAUGAGAAAAGAAGGCAAAAGAAACUAUGUAUUAUGUAUUUUUACUCUUUUCCCUGUUUAAAUUAUUAUGUUGAUUCUGCUAAUCCUGACAUCAUGUGUGAGAAUGUGUGUGUGUGUGUGUGUGUGUGUGUGUGUGUGUGUGAGUGAGUGUGUGUACCUCUUCCGCAGUGUCCAGUGAGGUCAUUAGAUAUUUGUGCAGCUCUGAUGCUGGUACUGUACAGGAAACUGUCUGCAAAAAGGCCUCCAUGCACUCUUUACACAACUAUUUAUUAUUCUACUGUAUUUAUUAAAUUUAUUUAUUGGGUUAUUUAUUAUUUAUUUUAUUUAUUUAAAGCAGUUGGAUUGUGCUUUUGAAGCUGAGUUAGCUGCAAAUGUAUUCCCACUUGAGGAUGAACUGUUCAUGUCCAUGUUUUACACAGAUCUGUCUCUUAAUAUGGUGAAGGCUUAAUAUCGCUAUUGGAUUAGCGAGCAGGGUGAACAUGAUAAAGAUCCUCUGAUUUCAGCCAGAGGGACGGAGGCUCUGCCCGCAUUUAUUCCCAUAGUCGCCUUUAUGGCUCCACAUGUAAAGGUUGACUUUAAAGGAGCAAUAUGUGUUGAAGUGCUGGCUUCUCUGACAACAAUGCAGCAGCCAGUAUGUCCUCCUU